AUGGCAGCGAUUGAUUUCGAGGAACGAGGACACUCGUUUGCAAGAGCAUCAAAUGCAGAAUGGGUGGAAGAAGACGAAGAAGAUCUUCAAAUGUAUGCACUCUUAAGGUUGCCUACGACGAAGCGCAUGAAUUUGGCAUUGAUGAGGAAACCAUCUUCGGAGUUUAAUGAUUCGUCACUUUCAAAAUCCAAGAAAAAUAGAAUGGAACAAAUUGAUGUAAGAAAGCUGAAUCGCAUUUAUCGUGAACAUCUUGUUAAGGAUGCUUUGGCUACCAAUGAACAAGAUAAUUAUAAGCUUCUUUCCGCCAUCAAAGAACGAUUCAAGAGGGUUGGCUUGGAAGUGCCUAGCAUUGAAGUAAAAUUCAGAAACUUGAAAAUUGAAGCUAAUGUUAAAGUUGGGACAAGAGCUCUACCAACUUUGAUCAAUUACUCAAGAGAUUGUCUUGAGGGUUGUGUAACUUGCUUGGGGAUAAGUAAACCUAAGAGACAUUCUUUGACAAUCUUAAAUGAUAUCAAUGGUGUUAUCAAACCUGGAAGGAUGACAUUGUUAUUAGGCCCUCCAGGAUCUGGCAAAACUACUUUGCUUUUGGCUCUUGCUGGAAAACUUGAUAAAGAACUCAAGACAAGUGGUAAUAUAACAUACAACGGAGAAGAGCAAGACCAGUUUUGUAUUCAAAGGGCUUCAGCAUACAUUAGCCAAGUUGAUAAUCACACAGGAGAGUUAACAGUGAGAGAAACUUUUGAUUUUGCAAAUCGGUGUCAAGGUUCAAGUGAUGCAGAGUUAUUGAAAACGCUUGAAAGCUUAGAAAAGGAAAAAAAGGUGCUGCCAAGUCCAGAGAUUGAUGCAUUUAUGAAGGCAACAUCUGUUGGUGGCAAAAGGCACAAUGUAAUGACCGAUUAUAUUUUGAAAGUGCUUGGUCUUGAUGUAUGCGCUGAUACUGUUGUUGGUAGUGAUAUGAUAAGAGGGAUAUCCGGUGGCCAAAAGAAGAGAGUAACAACAGGAGAAAUGAUUGUUGGACCAAGAAAAGCUUUGUUUAUGGAUGAAAUAUCAACUGGACUUGAUAGCUCUACCACAUUCCAGAUAGUAAAAUGCAUAAGAAAUUUUGUUCAUCAAAUGGAAGCUACUGUACUAAUGGCUCUUCUUCAACCUGCACCAGAGACAUUUGAGCUCUUUGAUGAUCUAAUACUUUUAUCAGAUGGAUAUAUAGUAUAUCAAGGCCCCAUAGAAAAUGUAGUAGAGUUUUUUGAAUCAUUAAGUUUCAAACUUCCACCGCGCAAGGGAGUUGCAGAUUUUCUUCAAGAGGUUACUUCUAAAAAAGAUCAAGCACAAUACUGGGCCGAUUCUUCAAAGCCAUAUAAAUUUAUUUCAGUACCAGAGAUUGCAGAAGCCUUCAAAAAUUCAAAAUUUGGAAAGUCUGUGGAAGCCAUAUAUACGGCUACUUAUGAUAAAUCGAAAAAUCCUUCAACUUUGCCCAAAUCAAAUUUUGCUGUCUCGAGUUGGAAUCUUUUCAAGGCUUGUUUGUCGCGAGAGUUGACCUUGCUCAAUAGAAAUAGAUUUCUUUACAUUUUCAGGACUUGUCAGGUUGCACUUGUUGGAGUUAUCACAUCCACAAUGUUCCUACAAAUAAAACAUUAUCCUAAGAACGAAGCAAUUGGCAUUCUCUACAAUUCCGCGCUAUUUUAUGCACUCGUGCACAUGUUGUUUAAUGGAACUACCGAGCUGACUCUUUUGAUAAUUCGGCUCCCCGUCUUCUAUUCACAAAGAGGAAAUUUAUUUUAUCCAGCAUGGGCCUGGACACUGUCCUCAUGGCUUCUUCAAAUACCUUAUUCCAUUGUUGAAGCUGUUGUGUGGACUUGUGUUGUAUACUAUAGUAUUGGAUUUGCUCCUUCGGUUGGGAGAUUCGGUCGCUACAUGCUUUUGUUGUUCAUGUUGCACCAAAUGGCAUUAGGUCUCUUCCGAUUAAUGGGUUCUCUUGGACGCGAUAUAGUCAUUGGUAAUACAGCAGGAUCGGGAGUACUGAUGAUUUUAUUCUUAUUGGGAGGAUUUAUCGUCCCACUAGGAAUGAUUAAGCCAUGGUGGACUUGGGCUUACUGGUUAUCACCUCUUAAUUAUGCACAAAGAGCAGUUUCAGUCAAUGAAUUUACCGCCACAAUAUGGAUGCUGCCUUCGGCUACGGGGGAAGACACGGUUGGUCACAAUAUACUCAGGACAUUCGAUUUACCAAUCCAAGAUUACUGGUAUUGGAUUAGUAUGGGAAUUUUACUGUUCUACACAAUCAUUUUCAACCUCUUGAACACUUGGGCGCUAGCUAGCUUGAACCCACUGAAAGAACCAAGAGCAAUUCUUGAAAGUGAGGAUGAAGACACGGAAAAGAGUCCUGAUAGAGAUGACAAUGAAUCAAAAAAAAGUUCCAAAUCUACUAAUGGAGAGAACAAAAACAAGGGAAUGAUUCUUCCGUUUCAACCAUUGACAAUGACAUUCCACAAUGUUAAUUAUUACGUUGAUAUGCCAAAGGCUAUAAGACAACAAGGUGUAACAGAAACUAAGUUGAAGCUUUUGGCAAAUGUGAGUGGUGUUUUUGCCCCUGGUGUACUUACAGCGUUAAUGGGAUCAAGUGGAGCUGGGAAAACGACUUUAAUGGAUGUACUUGCAGGAAGAAAAACCGGAGGUUAUAUCGAGGGCGAUAUUAAAAUAUCUGGUUAUCCAAAAGUGCAACACACAUUUGCAAGAAUAUCGGGAUAUGUUGAACAAAAUGACAUACAUUCUCCCGAAAUGACAGUUCAGGAAUCUCUCUGGUUUUCCGCAUCACUUAGGCUUCCGAAGGAUGUAACCAAAGAAAAAAAGCUAGAAUUUGUCGAACAGGUCAUGAGACUAGUAGAGCUUGAGAGUUUAAGAAAUGCUAUAGUUGGAAUGCCUGGCACUUCUGGCUUAUCAACCGAGCAGAGGAAGAGAUUGACGAUUGCAGUGGAGCUUGUAGCAAACCCUUCAAUAAUUUUCAUGGACGAACCUACAUCCGGACUUGAUGCACGUGCAGCUGCCAUUGUUAUGAGAACUGUUCGCAAUACGGUUGAUACUGGAAGAACUGUGGUUUGUACCAUACAUCAGCCAAGUAUCGACAUAUUUGAAGCAUUUGACGAGUUACUUCUUAUGAAACGUGGAGGACAAGUUAUAUAUGGGGGGAAGAUCGGUAAUCAAUCAAGCGUGAUGAUAAGUUAUUUUCAGAGUAUGAACGGAAUCUCCCCAAUUUCCAGUGGCUACAAUCCAGCUACUUGGAUGCUUGAGGUUACAACACCUGCUACUGAAGAGAAAAUGGGUGUAGAUUUUGCCGAUGUUUACGACAAAUCCGACCAAUUCAAGUCCGUGGAAUCUGCUAUAAAACAAUAUGAAGAACCUUCUCCUGGUUCACAACCAUUGAAGUUUGACACAUUAUAUUCACAAAAUACAUGGUCACAAUUUGUCUUGUGUUUAUGGAAGCAGAGAAUUUUGUACUGGAGAAAUCCACCAUACAAUGCAAUAAGGAUGAUCUUUACGAUACUAGCCGCUUUGAUGUUAGGUUCAAUAUUUUGGCAGGUCGGCGCAAAAAGGGAAACAACUCAACAAGUGUUGGUAAUUAUGGGCGCGUUGUUUUCUUCAUUACUGUUCCUCGGGGUGAAAAACGCAGCUUCUAUACAACCAGUUGUUUCAACCGAAAGAACAGUUUUUUAUCGAGAGAGAGCCGCUGGAAUGUACUCUCCGGUUGCUUUUGCAGUAGCACAGGGGCUGGUGGAAAUUCCAUAUCAAAUUUUUCAGACAAUAUUAUUUGGUGUAGUUACAUAUUUCAUGAUGGGUUUCGACAAUAAUCUUCGAAAGUUUGUACUAUAUCUCGUGUUCAUGUUCCUGACAUUUACCUAUUUCACGUUCUACGGCAUCAUGUGUGUUGGUCUUACACCUACCCUACAUUUGGCAGCCGUUACUUCUUCUGCAUUUUACUCUCUAUGGAAUCUUGUCGCAGGUUUCCUCAUUCCAAGAGUGUACAUUCCUAAAUAUUGGCUCUGGUUUCAUUAUCUCUGCCCGGUUUCAUGGACACUACGCGGAGUUAUAACAUCUCAGUUCGGUGACGUGCAAGACGUAAUUGUAGGGCCAGGAUUUAAGGGCACUGUGAAAGAGUAUAUAGCUGUUUCUCUUGGGUAUGACGAUACAAUUAAUGGAGUUUCAGCUGUAGGGAUGUCAGCAAUUGUGCUUGUUCUCUUCACCAUAUUCUUCUUUGGUACCUUUGCUAUAUCAGUUAAAAUAUUGAAUUUCCAAACUAGAUGA